AAACGGCUUAUCUUAUCUUAAAAAAAAAAACCUUUCGUCUACCUAGCUAGGAAGAGUAGAAUUGACGCUUAUAUAUUAUCCAAGAUAUAAGCCUUAUGAACAGUUUGAACACCACUAUAUAAACCUUUCAACUUCAUAAUAUUCUUAGAAUUUUAUCGAUUAUUAUGGAUGGCAUUAUUUGUUUAUCAUUAGACGUGGAAGCUAAAAGCAACGACGUUGUUAUUGAUGAUGCAAAGGAAGAAAACCAAUUUGGGUUAGUUGCAAUGAAAAAGCUUGGAAAUCUUGGUGUUCAAAAGAAGAUGCUUGUUCUUGAUUUGAAUGGCUUGCUCAUACAUCGUGCUCACCGCGGUAAUAAGUCUGAAAUCCCUCAAAACCGACAACCUGAUGGGGUUUAUAGGCAACGCUUAGUUUAUAGGAGGCCUUUUCUUGAAGAGUUUAUGAAAUUCUGCCUUGAGAGAUUUGAAGUAGGAAUAUGGUCUUCUGCUAAAGAGGGUAACGUUGAUGGUAUCUUUGAUUGUGCUUUCAAGGGAUUUAUGAGGAGCAGCUUCUUGUUUAUUUGGGAUCAACGUAGUUGUACUGACUCCGGGUUCAAGUCAAUGGAGAAGAAAUAUAAGCCUCUUUUUUUCAAAGAACUCAAGAAACUUUGGCAGACCUCGGCUCCUCUCAAAGCAGGGCUUCUGUUUUCUGAAUCAAACACUUUGCUGAUAGAUGAUGAGCCUUACAAAGGCCUUCUGAAUCCGCCAAACACUGGCAUAUAUCCCGGGAAGUAUGAUGCAGGAGAUUUGACUGAUGAUUUUCUAGAUCCGAAGAGGGAAUUCAGUUCUUAUUUAGAAGGCUUAGCACAUGCUGAGGAUGUUCCAUCAUAUGUCAAAGCGUAUCGUUUCGGACAGCCUGCUAUAGGACCACAACAUCCUGAUUGGAACUACUAUUCCAAUGUUCUACAUCAUGCAGGGGUGUAACAGGUUAAAUUUGAUGUCAAGGCGAAAUAUAUCAGUCAAAAAAAGCUUUUAGGAUAAAUUUGGUGAAUGUAAUUGUUGAAAAUUCUGCUGUGUUUUGUGAAUCUAUGCUACAAAAUUGCACGUUGUGAUCGAGUAACAUUGAUGGCUAUUACUAUCAACUUAAAUUAUGGUAUUGUGCUAAAAUUA